GCAUUUGCCGAUGGCACGCACGACCUUGUCUGCAGCGUCGAUGAUAGUGCCGCCCAAAUCAAAUAUAACCUUCCAGCUGUCGGUGGUGUUUGUAACGCUAAUGAAGAGGCCCAGUGGCUAAUUGACCUGAUUGACAAAUACGAGAUAUUUGGCACGGGUCGACCUCUACCGGCCACUGAAGAGACAAUCAAAGCCUAUUGCGAUAAUGUGUUGAAAGAAUCCGAAUCCAACCAUCAAUUCGCAAACGAUUUGCACGUGGGACUAAAGAACGCGGCCUCGUUAAAGCCGGCGGUGCGCGAAAUUAUAAUCGCUGCCUCCCGACCCGAUUUCUACGAACGAUUUCUGUUGCUGUGCAAAAUUGACGUGGGUAAAGCCAAAAAGAUUAUCAAGCGCGUUAACGCGCGCAUGCAUGAGACCAAGCAAAUCAAAUGGGACGCCAUCGGGCACAUGUUGGAAGCGCUGGAGCCCGAUUCAAAAAUGUCACUUUCGCACGUAUUGUGCAUUGCCCGCACGUAUAUCACGAUUACAGCAUUAAUACACGAAGACAAAGAUGGUGUACGCGAAUAUGUGCGCAAUCGACUCAGAUAUUUUCAAAAUGACAUCGAAAAAGUUGAAGAGAUCACCAAGGUGAGAGCCGACUGGGACUGCGAGCUCCACGAGUACAAAAAGCCAACUAUCCCCUAUAAAUCCGCGUCCUACGUGUUAAUCAAGGUUCUUGAUAAAUUAAUUCCGUAG